AUGGCGAGCGAAAGAUGUACCGCUUCCCGACUACAAACAUUGCCGGAGUCAUUACAGCAGCACGCCGAUUUCAUCAAACCCCUAAUGAAGCCUCUAAUGGCAAACCUAUGCACCACAUUCAUUCAAAACUUCGACGAGCGGAAUAUCGUAGAAAGUGUACCUUUAGACCUUGUCGAUCCGUACUUUCUACCCUCUGAAGCUAGGGCAUCCUUAGUGCAAGAAAUCUCAAAGUGUAUUGACAACUACCUCAACUGUAACACGUAUGACUUUAAUCCGGGCUACUCUAUAAUGAACCGAUUCAUAAACGAAGAUCCAAAAGAUGCGCCCUGGGCACCUGGACUAACUCAAAAGGAUAACCACGGGGAUGAUAUGGGGACUUCAACCUCUAAGAAUCUCAUCCAGCAGGCCGCCAAAGGCGUAGGCGUGGAGGGAUUUGGUUGGGAAGCAGACCUAGGUAUGCGCAUGUCAGAAAGGUCAAGAGAGCAAAAUGGCAAUGCUUUUCUGGAGAGAAUAGAGUCUGCACACAGGAUUAUCACGCAAGGAGGAACGGAGUUCUUGGACCCAAGGAGAGGGCUCGCCCCAAAAGCUAUGUCGACUACUGGGGUAAGGGACCAAAAUGUACAUGCAGAUGCUAUCAAACCGCGUGGAUGUUCGAGUUAUAUCGAUGGCUCUACAAGACCGCGACAAAGUAAACGACGUGUAUCUCCCGGAAAUAAUGGCAAAGGACUAUCUACAACAGCAACAGGUACUCCGAGCCGGAUGCAUAGCACGAGCGCAGGUAGCACAAAAUCGACUCGCCGGGAACCUAAAAGGCAUAAAUGCCCCGACUGCAACGAAGUAUUUCAAUUUGAAGCACGGCUGAAGAGUCAUCAAGCCGUUCAUAGCAAGACUAAAUGCAGAUGUCCCGUUUGUGACUCGCUCUUUGGGCGAGACAGCUCCCUCAAAAGACAUCUCAACACUCCUGGCGCCUGCCAAAAGAAAAAGGAUGCAAAGUUACGGAAUGCAUCAUUUCAGAACUCUCCUACGGCGACGAGAGCUGGCAGUCAGCAUAACUACUACGAAAUGGAUGCUACAGCUUCAACCUCCAGUCUUGUUGAUGGCGGCUCAGUUAAUAACUCGCCGCUAGAUACCCGGCAACCUACUCAAAAUUUCAGCCAGCAUCCAAAUUAUUCUUUGACUUAUAUGUCACAGAGCCCAAAUUCUCAUUCCGCGAAUUAUGGAUCCGCGUACCAAAAUGUAAGCUCUCAAAGGCCCAGCGGGGAUUGGGGCGCAUUAGAUCCUUCAAACUACAACUGGCACUGCGAUCCGUUUCCGUUUGCCCAGUUCGAAUGA